UGCACCACUCUCGCAGCGUCUUUCAAGGGGGAAAAAGUUGAGGAAGACAGAAGAGGACGAACCAAGGGGAGACUCGGAUGAAAGCGCUUCUCCUCGCCCCGUAAACAGAUGCUUAUUUAUGCGCAUAAAUGAAACUAUCCGCAAAGGUAUAGCGCCGCGUCUCUUCUUUUUUUCCACCCCCUUUUUUUUUGGUUGCCGGGAUAACAUAGCGUGGGGAGCCACAUCCACGACACAAGGCUCACAUUUCCGGACAAGAAACUUAGACUUGAGCGCCACACUGGACCUUGAAAGUUGGCAGCAUUUUUUUUGACGCUCUUUAAAGAAAAAAAACAGAACCCCCCGCUGGUGUCACGUGCGCGUUUUUGGACAGUGGAAUUUAUCUCUGCGCCAGAGAAUAAAACCUCCGACUGCCGGUACACCCAGAACCCACCGGUGUCUACAGCUGAAGCGGUUUCCUCACACCGCCAUAAUGGACUCCCACUGCCGCAAACUAGCCACCACCUGCGCGCAAAUCGAAAAAGAAAAGAACCAAAAUAAAAACGACGACUCCUCAGACGACCCUAAAAAGAAGCGGCAGCGGCGGCAGAGGACUCACUUCACCAGCCAGCAGCUGCAGGAACUGGAGGCCACUUUCCAGCGGAAUCGCUACCCGGACAUGAGCACGAGAGAGGAGAUAGCCGUGUGGACCAACCUCACAGAGGCCCGCGUCAGGGUUUGGUUCAAGAACCGGAGAGCCAAGUGGAGGAAACGGGAGCGGAACCAACAAGCCGAGCUCUGCAAGAGCGGCUUCGGCCCGCAGUUCAACGGACUCAUGCAGCCCUACGAAGACAUGUACCCCAGCUACACGUACAACAACUGGGCCGCCAAGGGCCUCACGUCGGCCUCGUUGUCCACCAAAAGCUUCCCUUUCUUCAACUCCAUGAACGUCAACCCUUUGUCCUCGCAGACCAUGUUCUCGCCGUCCAACUCCAUAUCCUCCAUGACUUCCAGCAUGGUGCCAUCGUCGGUCACCGGCGUGCCGGGCUCCAGCCUCAACAGCCUCAAUAACUUGAACAACCUCAGUAACCCGUCUCUCAACUCGGGGGUGCCCACCUCGGCGUGCCCCUACGCGCCUCCGACCCCUCCCUACGUGUACAGGGACACUUGUAACUCCAGCCUGGCCAGCCUGAGACUGAAAGCCAAGCAGCACUCGAGUUUUGGAUACGUGCAGAAUCCGGCCACUAAUCUGAGCGCUUGCCAAUACGCCGUGGACAGACCAGUCUAAUACCUACCCUGCACUGCAAAACAAUAACCACCUUGGCGAGUCAUUAUAGGCUACUAGUGAAACUUAGUGUUAGUUUUUUUUUCUCCUAAAAAAAAUAAAAAAGGAGUUAAAUGGAACCUGGCCGAUUAUUGUACUUUAGUCAUGUGAUUUAGGGAAUUUCUUGGUCAUGUGGCAUUUCCUUGGUACUAGUUGGACAGAGACGUGCAUUUUCCUUCAAGAUAUUUCCACUUCCCCAAACUGCUCAUUACUAACCAGUGCGGAUAUUCCAUCCAUUUAUUUGGGGGUGGGGGUGGGAGGGAUUUCCCAUCGAGGGUGAUUACAAGACCAAAUGGCUUGUUACGGUGGUCAUUUUUUGCAGUGUGUUGGUAAUCACAAGCAGCCGGCCACAGGAACAAGAGACUACUAAAACUACUUUUUUUUCAUCCUUCUUUUUUUUUUCAAGAAGGGCACUAGAGAAGACUGAACCACUGAAACAAGCUCAACAACUCCAGGUCGGAGUCAAACUGAAACGGGAGAUUUUAGGUUUUAUUCCCUUUUUUUGAUGCGUCUGGGCCUGCUUCACACUGCACCAGUUUUAAAAAAAAACAUUUUAAAAAAAGAGGGAAAAAGGCCUGUUUUUGUUCUUCAUAUCUCGUCAUGAGUUUUUCUCUUUUUCUGGUGGAUUUUGGACGUUAAUUGUUGACUAAUAAGGUUGUAUAUAUUUGAAUGAUCAUCUCCUGUUUGUCGAGGCGAAUGCGCUAUAACCCUCCAGUCCUCUCCAGGUUCAAUUUAUCAACGCAUGUGGAAAAAGAAAAAACUUUAAAAAAUAAAAGGAAUCAUGUUUUGCUUGCAAACAAAAGGGAAUGUACAUACUAAAACGCACCAGAUGUGUGUUUCUAACAUAUUAUAAAUUUAUUAUUAAUGUCUGUGUGAAUAUCGAUUUAGAAUAGCAAUUCUGGAUUUAAAAAAGGAAGAAAAAGAAGAGGAAAAAAACGAAGCAUCAACACACACACAAAAUGUUCCUGCUAAAAAAAAAAAAAAGUUGUUUUUUUCUCUGUGUAUAAUAUUUGGUACGGACUCAUGUUUUUUUUUUUUUCGUCUUUUUUUUCAAAACAUCCCAAAAAAACGAUUGUGUUUUAUUUAAUGGAAGUAAAUAUAUUGUUCAAAAACA